AUGCCUUCUGAACUAGUACGCGCCCCGUCGCAAGGCAGCGCGGUCUCGCAGACAACCCAGCACAUGGGCCCUCAUAGUCGCCCAGGGACGGCCGACCCCUUACGAUCACGGUCGGAAACGCUUUCGCGAGGUGGCCGCCGAGCUCGGUCUCGAGGCUCGACUGCUAGUAUUCAUUCAAGUACAACCCAACAGACUCAAGACCAGCACAUCGAUGCAUUCCCUCAAUUCAUGCCUUCCCAAGUCGCCAAUUCCCAGAGCAUGUUCGCCAACAACCCCGAAGACAUGAUCAUGCGUUUUGGUCAUCAGUUUGGUCAUCCCGCCCACGGCGCAUCCCUAGGUCAAGACAUACGGGAAGCUCACGCCGUCAUGUCUCGGUCUGAGGACUUUCCCACUCAUGCUAUGCAUGGACACACACUCUCGCACCAUUCUUUGACCCCAGACAUGGCUCACAAUGGGGUCGCUGGAGUCUCGGUUCCUCAAUAUCAAACCAUGUAUGACAGUGGAAUCGAAAACCACCUGCCAGAGCAAACCUUGGAAGAGCCAGACAUCUCUGAGCAAGGCGGGAAAAAGAAAAGAGGAUCUAGCUCCACGUUGGCAAAUGACAAUGAGCUGCGUAAAUUGCUCCGUCAAUACGAAGGUUGGUCGUUGAAGCAAAUGGCUGCUGAGGUCAUGAAACACGAAGGUGCUGGCGGCAAAGCAGAGAAAGUGAAGCAGGUAUUCGCCAUGAUCUGGUUGCGAGAAAACUGUCGGAAGAGUUCUGGGUCUGUAAGACGAGAUCGUGUCUAUUGCUGCUAUGCAGAAAACUGUGGAACAGAACGUGUGUCGGUAUUGAAUCCGGCCUCAUUUGGUAAAUUGGUGCGAAUCAUCUUCCCGAACGUCCAAACACGACGUCUUGGAGUUCGUGGGGAAUCCAAGUAUCAUUACGUCGAUUUGUCGGUCAUUGAGGAGAAGCAGCAAAAGCCGGCACCAGUGAACGCGCAAGUUGUACCUAGUCAACGUGGAUCUGUAGCUCCAGAGAGGCCUGCAAGCGCGAUGCGUUCAAGAAGUAUCAGCAUCUCCCAGCCCACAGCCGAUUCUGCGGUCUUUCCCUCCCCUACUACUUCUUUUGCUCCCCGAUACCCCGUCAAUCCUCCAAUGGCAAGCUGCGGCUGCCCAUCUGAUACCCAGCCAACCUUGUCUGGCCCAGAUGCCACUGUUACGCAUGAAAAUGUUGCCCAACACGCCGGCCGGAUCAUUCAUCAGAUGCUGCAGUUCCCAACUGAUGAAGCCCCGGUUGACAAUGACACCCUCAAUCUUCCUGACAUCCGUGGUCAUUUGCCUGCCAAUACCGAUCUCAAGGUGGCAGAUGCUCUUGCGGCCCUUUACCGAACUCACUGUAUCUCAGUAAUCGACAGCUUCCGGUUCUGUAAGGAACGCAACCUCAUGAAAUACUUCUCUGCGUUCCAUGGCACUUUGACCGUUCCUGUGCAAAAGCUUUUGACUCAUCCCAACCUUGCCCCUUGGAUCAAGGAAUGUGACUGGUUGAUGUACCAGAAGAUGAUUCCAUUCGUCGCACCUCUCACAACGCAGGUUGUGCCUAAGCCUGUUUUGGAUGCAUUCCGCUCCAUCUCGCAGCGUCUUUGUGGCCAUAUUGCGGAAACCUUCAAAACACAACCAACCCACGUAUCUAUUGCCCGCUUGAUCCCGGCCCAUAUCUUUUGUAACCUGCUCAAACACAUGCUUGACGUCAACCAGGCUGCGAACGCUGCUGCUGCCUGGCUCUGCCACCCUGAAAACCGCAAUCAGAUGUGGGCCGAUUUCAAGUCCCUUGUGGAUCCACAGGAAAUGAUCACCAAGGCCAAUGUUCCUGCUUGCGCUGCCCGCGCUACAGAACAAAUCCUCAAACACGAUGUUCGAGCUCUUCUCACCCCGGUCACGGAUGUUGACCCCACCGAUACCUUGCCUUUCUACCGCAAACCAGAUACUGCCGAAGACAUUGAAGCUCACCGAUUGCCUGCGGAAAACGCACCUGGUGACGAGUACAAUUUCCCCGACAAAUGGAUUCAGUUCAUUCUCAACAUCCCGGCUGUCUUUGCGAACCAUCGCUCCCAGUGCGUCAUUGCAAAGGUUGACGCAUUGUGGGAAAAUAUUCUACACCGGUUGACUCUGGGUGGUGCUGCUAGUUUCAGUGCUUGGUGGAUGACAAAAGUCUUCUUCCACGAGAUGAUGCUCUGGCAGGCAGAGAAGGGUGGCUUCAUGCGUAGCAAUCCGGCUUCUCUGCAAAGUGUUACCGCUGCCCCCGAGCCUAUGGGAAUGGAAAAUUUUCAGCUGAAGCAGAACCUUGGAUCCGGCCGCAACUCUUUUGACGGCAAUCACCCGCGUGGAUCCCCCUCGGGCCCCCAAGAUGGUGUGCAGGGCCGCACCCGUGAUGACCAUGUCGACCACAAGCAUGCUCCUAGUGAAAAAGAGCUAGCACUGACAGACUCGGGCUUCCAAGCUCCCAACAAUGACGACAGUGCGAUUGACCUUGAGGAUGAUCCGAUGUUGAUUGCAGUGGGUAAAUACGGCGACAUAAUGGCUUCCGACCCCGCGGACGCCGAAGGUGAUGUGGUUGUCAUCUAA